CCUUUAAAUUCAAAGAUGGCCGACGACGUGGGUGAUGGACAUGUGGAGAGGAAAUCAAAAACACUUUUUAUACGAAAUCUACCGUAUUCAACAACAAAUGAAAAACUUGAAUCAUUAUUCAGUGAAGUAGGCCCCGUAAGAACAUGCUUUGUUGUAAAAGAGAAAGAUUCUUCAAAGUGUAAAGGCUAUGGCUAUGUGACAUUUUCAGUAUUUGAAGAUGCAGAAGCAGCGUUAUCAAAAAUCAAAUCAUUGGACGGGAGAAAGCUGUUUGUUGCAUAUGCAAACAAAAAAAAGAAAGAGAAAAAGAAAAAACCAAAAGUAAAGAUUGAAGAAAAAGCAGAAGAUGAGUCAGAUAAAGAUAGCAGUGAUGAAGAGGAAGAGGAACACAUUCAGAAGCCCCAGUCUGCUGAUACUGAAAUGACAAGGACACAUAGUCAGCAGGAAAUAAAAUAUCUUCGAGCAAAAACAUUAGUCAUCCAAGGUUUGUCCUCUGAAUACUCCCAGACUGACGUGGAAGAAAUUAUGACCAAACUAAAUGUGAAGAAUGUUGCUAAAGUGAAGUUCCCCGCCCCGGAUCGACCCACGCAGUGUGCUUAUGUGAGGUUCAAGUCCAUCCGAGAUACGAACAGGGCACUCAGGAAAAUCGACGGAAAGGAGGUCAAAGGAUGUGCACUGAAGGCUUGCCAGCUCAGUAAAGAAACAACCCCAGCUAUUCCCAGUAAACCACAGAAAACAGUCAAGAAGGGGAGGUUAAUCGUCAGGAACCUUUCAUUUAAGUGUUCAGAGGAGAAAUUACGAGAGACGUUUGAAAAGUUUGGAGAAGUUACAGAAGUACAAAUUCCCAAAUUAAAAAAUGGAAAACAUCAGGGGUUUGGAAUUGUCCAGUUCCUGGAAGUAGGAGACGCUUCCACAGCGAUGAAGGAAAUGAAUUCCAAAUUUAUUCUGAAUCGCCCAGUAGCAGUGGAUUGGGCCAUUCCAAAGGAUAAGUUUGAAGCAAAAAUGAAUAAUUUGCAAGAAAAAGAAGCUUCCAGCAGACGAGAAAUGAAAACAGACAAGGGAGAUAAACAGGGAAGUGUGGGAGUCAAAGCUGAGGGUAGCAACACCAGGCAGAAAAGAAAGAUGGAGGAAGAUGACAACAGUAAUGAAGAAUCGGAAGCAGAUGAAGACUCGGAUGUUGAGAAUUCUAGUGAGUCUGGGGAAAAUGAAAGUGAUGAGGAAAAGGGAGACAACUCAGAAGAUGAUUCUAAUGAUGAAACAGAUUCAGAGGAAGAAACAGAGGACUCUGAUGAUGAUGAUGAUAACUCUGAAAGUGAUGAAGAUGCACAGACAAAAUCAAUGAAGAGAAAAGAAAAUUUAAACAGAAAAAGUGAUGUAGGAGAAGGGAGGACUUUGUUUAUAAGAAAUGUUCCGUUCGAAGCAGAUGAGGAGAAUUUAGAAGAGGUGUUCUCGGAGUAUGGAAAAAUUAACUAUGUCAAGCUUGUGAUGAAUUUUAAAACAGGCCAGCCCAAAGGCACAGCUUUUGUACAGUUUAAAACACAGAGAGAUGCAGAAAAAUUCCGAGCAGCAGCAGAGGAUGAGGAGGAAGGAAUUGUUGUGGAUGGUCGACGGCUGAAUGUUGUUGUGGCGCUGGAAAGGGAAAAGGCACAGGAUUUGUCAAAACAAAAGGCAAAGGUCAAAGAGGACAAGAGAAACCUCCAUCUUGUUAGAGAAGGAAUGAUUCGACCAGGGACUCAAGCAGCCAUCGGACUCAGCAAGGAGGACCUACUGAAGAGGACAAAGCUAGAGAAUGUAAAGCGUGCAAAGUUAAAGAACCCUGACAUCUUCGUGUCGUCCACCAGACUGAGUGUUCACAACAUCCCCACACAAGUCACAGACAAGCAGCUCCGGGCCGUGUUCCUGAAGGCAGCAGACAGCAAGGCAGCUGUGGUUACGGAGUGUCGAAUCAUGCGUGACUUCGAGAGAAUGAACAGCAAGAAGGUUGGGAAGUCUCGUGGUUAUGCUUUCGUUAAUUUCACGAGUCAUCAGCAUGCACUAAAUGCCCUGAGAAACACCAAUAACAACAUGGACUUAUUUGGGGAGAAGAAAAGGUUGAUUGUGGAGUUUUCUCUGGAAAAUAAAGCAGCUCUACAAGCCAAGGAGAAACGAAUGGAGAGACAGAAGGGACGCCGGGAAACACUGAAAAAGGACUCCAUUAAAAAAACAACAGAGGGAAAGGAAUUCAAAAAGAAACAGAAAUCCCAAGUGGAUAAGUUUAUAGGAAAACUUAAAGUGAAUGAGGAUGGAAAGAAGUUACCUAAAGGCUUACCCUCACACUGGGGAGCAAAGGUCAGGCACAACCCCAGACCAGCGACAGCAGCUACCAAGAAAAACCAACAGAGGGCCGUCAAACGGAAGUCAGAGGAGACACAGGUUUCUAGUCCACAGGUCAAGGUUAUGAAAACCAAGAAGAGAAGAACAGAACGCGUUGACGACUUUGAUGUGUUGGUGAACAAGUACAAACAGAACAUGUUAAACAAGUCCAACAAAUCAAAAUGGUUCGAUCGGUGAUUAUAAUGAUCGGGACUCGUUUUCCAUGUUCUGUGUGAAAGCAACAUGUUACAUAACUUGUAUUAAAUUUGAAUAAAAUAUUGAAUAGUG